AUGGAGAAACCGGUUGGCACCGAUAAUAAGACACAACUUACGUGCAAGUUGCCAGAAGAACGCAGUUUGUCGCGAAGUUUUGGCGCCAUUGUGGGUCUUCAGUUCCUUACGGCAGCAGCUUUCGGCUUUAUGAGUCCCAUUAUCUCAAUUAUCCUAACUGAAUACUUUGCCAGGUUGCAUCGAGAUGGCAUGCCAAUUGACUGCGGAGCUGAGUCCCGCAACGAGGCUUGUAUCAAAGGAUCGCAGGAGGCUGCCUGGUUCUCGAGUCUCUUCUCGGCUACAGGGUCGGUGGUGAAUUUCAUUCUCGCGCCAGUGCUCGGUCAAGCUUCCGAUGUCUAUGGACGCAAGCCGUUUCUGGUGCUAAGUCAGAUUGCCAGGGUUGGCACACCAUUCUUCGUCAUGUAUAUGAUGCACCCGGCAGGCUCCAUUGUUCCGUACUUUGUUCUAAGGCUAGUCGAUCAUGGUUUCGGGACUGCUGGUGUUCUCAGCGCCGCUGUUGCCGAUGUUGUCACACCUGAAAAUCGUGCGGCAGCUUUCGGAGUCCUUUUUGCGAGCCUCUCCGUUGGCUAUAGUACUAGUGCCUUUAUCGCGUCGCUAUUCUCCCGAGAGCACAUCUUGCAGAUAACUGCUGCUUUAUUCGUGGCACGGGUUCUCUGGGCAAUGAUUAUUCUGCCCGAGACACUGCCCACUCGAGAGCGUAUGAGCAAGAUACGAUGGGUUCUGGAAAGUCCCAUUAGCUCGAUGUCGAUCCUUGUUCGAAACAAGUUGUUCAUGCGCUUGACGUGUUUGAUUGCGCUCACGAGCUUUGUAACGAACGGGAUUUCCCAGAUCGAGCCGUUCUACUUGAAUACUAUCGUAGGAUUUGACGUCAAGAAUUUUGGUAUGAUGCGGCUUCUUGGGGGUGCAUUAGCUUUGCUGGGGCAAGGUUUAUUGCUCCAGCCCUUGGUAAGCUGUUUCAAGGAGAAAGGAGUGAUCAUCAUUUCGAUGAUCGCCACUUGGGUGAAUCUGGCUGGCUUUGCUGGAACUGCAUUCUAUUCACACAAAUGGGUAGUCUACGCGUCGUGCAUGCCUGGCCUUCUCAGCGACCUAUCCUUUCCAGCCAUCGCAGCUCUCAAGUCGAUCAACGUGUCAGACAAGGAACAAGGACGACUGCAAGGCGCAAUCUACGGUGCGCGAUCGGUCUUUGCCGCACUUGGCCCCAUCAUUUUCUCUUCUUUGUAUGCUUCUAUGAAGCGGCAAUCGCGUUGGACUCAGGCACUCCCGUACGUGGUGGCUGCAUCCAUCUAUGUUCUCGGGGUCGGGAUGGCCCUGUCGUUACCCGUUAGCAAGCUUCCUUCCACCCGAAAACUCCCUGCUGUUCCUGACGCUUUGCCGUCACCGACACGUGGUGAUUCCCUCUCCUCUUCCUCCGUCUACUUCGAGACCGACGAUGAUGCAACAGAUGAAGGUGAACUGGAUGCGAGUUAUGCAAAUUUGGACAACGAUGACAACCAUCUUGCCGAACCUUUACUGGGAGGCAGAUCCAGUCCAGCUGAAGUGUAA